ACCACCAUGGCCAACUUGACAGCCCUCGUGGGCUCUGGAAGGAACUCGUGCACCUUCCACGAGGAGUUCAAGCAGGUCCUUCUGCCUCUGGUCUACUCGGUGGUGUUUAUGGUGGGGUUGCCCUUGAACGCCGUGGUCAUUGGGCAGAUCUGGGUGGCCCGCAAGGCGCUGAGCCGCAGCAUGAUCUACAUGCUGAACCUGGCCGUGGCUGACCUGCUCUACGUCUGCUCCCUCCCGCUCCUCAUCUACAACUACACCCAGAAGGAUUAUUGGCCUUUCGGGGACUUCACCUGCAGAUUUGUCCGCUUCCAGUUCUACACCAACCUACAUGGCAGCAUCCUCUUCCUCACCUGCAUCAGCGUCCAGCGGUACCUGGGCAUCUGCCACCCCUUGGCCUCGUGGCACAAGAAGAAGGGGAAGAAGCUGACGUGGUUGGUGUGCGCCGCGGUGUGGUUCAUUGUCAUCGCCCAGUGCCUCCCCACCUUCAUCUUUGCUUCCACCGGCACCCAGAGGAACCGUACCGUCUGCUACGACCUGAGCCCACCAGCUCACUCCACCGCCUACUUCCCCUACGGCAUCACCCUCACCGUCACCGGCUUCUUGCUGCCCUUCGUGGCCAUCCUCGCCUGCUACUGCAGCAUGGCCCGGAUCCUGUGCCAGAAGGACGAGCUGAUCGGCUUGGCGGUGCACAAGAGGAAGGACAAAGCCGUGCGCAUGAUCAUCAUCGUGGUCAUCGUCUUCUCCAUCAGUUUCUUCCCCUUCCAUCUCACCAAGACCAUCUACCUGAUUGUCCGUUCCUGUUCCGGCGUGCCCUGCCUGACUCUGCAGGCGUUUGCCAUCGCCUACAAGUGCACGCGGCCCUUCGCCAGCAUGAACAGUGUCCUUGACCCCAUCCUCUUCUACUUCACCCAACGCAAGUUUCGUGAGAGCACUCGUUAUCUGCUCGACAAGAUGAGUUCCAAGUGGCGGCAUGACCACUGCAUUACCUAUGGCUCUAGGUGAGGACAAGGACCACCUCAGUGUCACCAGGACCAGGCAUGGAGCGAUUUCGGCUUUAAGCUCCGUGGGGCAG